AUGAAAAAGGAACUGUGUGGGGAAGUUGAUGAGGACACAACUAAGGGCAAGGACCAUGAAGCACUUGAAGGGCCCAUGACCAAAGGCAUACUUAAAAAGGCCCAACACAGUGAUGAGGACACAACUAAGGGCAAGGACCAUGAAGCACUUGAAAGGCCCAUGACCAGAGACAAACUUAAACAGGCCCAACAUGUCAUAGAGACAAGGCUGGUAGUAGGUUGUGUCAUAUGUGGUGGAGGACAUGAGUCUGGUUGCUGUAUUCCCCAAGAAGAAACACCACAUGAAGUCAACUACACAGGGAACCAGCCAAAGACAAAAUUUCAAUGCAAGUGGAUAUUCCGGAUUCCAGCAUGGACAACAAUACAACCAACAACAGGGACAAUGGAGGAGCCACCCUGGGAAUCAAUUCAACAAAGACCAGGGUGGACCAUCCAUAAGAAGAGUACAGAGUCUGCCAUAAAGAAUCUGGAAGUCCAAGUAGGACAACUGGCUAAACAGUUGGCGGAUCGACUGUCAUGUAGCUUUAGUGCUAACACCGAGAAAAAUCCAAAAGAGGAGUGCAACGCUGUCAUGACAAGAAGCAGAAUGGCAACCCACGUUGAUGAAGGAAAAGCUGAGAAGAAGGUGGAGGAACAUAAACAACAACUGGCAACUAAGCCGGCACUUGAACCCGUUUCUGACUUAGUUAAACUUGAGGAAGUUGUUGAAGAUGAAGAUGACCAACAGGAGAGAGCGACAACAAUAAAAGAGAAAAAAGAGAACGUUGAGGAAAGAAAGAAGAGCAAGAGUGAAUAUGCAAGAGAGAAGAAGAGAGAACCCUCUCCAGCUGAAGGCAAGGAAGUGCCAUAUCCAUUGGUACCUUCCAAGAAGGAUAAAGAGCGACGCUUAGCCAAAUUUCUUGACAUCUUCAAGAAGCUGGAGAUCACAUUGCCUUUUGGAGAAGCUCUCCAACAAAUGCCACUAUAUGCUAAGUUUUUAAAAGAUAUGCUGACAAAGAAGAAUAGGUAUAUCCACAGUGACACUAUAGUCGUGGAAGGAAAUUGCAAUGCAGUCAUUCAACGUAUCCUCCCACUGAAGCAUAAAGAUCCAGGCAGUGUCACCAUACCGUGUUCUAUUGGUGAGGUUGCAGUAGGCAAGGCUCUCAUUGAUUUGGGAGCCAAUAUCAACUUGAUGUUGCUCUCCAUGUGCCAGCGACUUGGUGAGUUAGAGAUAAUGCCCACUCGCAUGACCAUACAGUUGGCUAAUCGCUCUAUGACAAGACCCUAUGGAGUGAUUGAAGACGUUUUGGUUAGGGUCAAACAUUUGAUCUUUACGGUUGAUUUUGUAGUGAUGGAUAUAGAAGAAGAUGUUGACAUUCCCCUAAUUCUUGGACGACCGUUUAUGUCUACCACAUGUUGUGUGGUAGACAUGGGGAAGAGGAAACUACAAAUGGCCAUAGAAGACUAG